GUUUCCAACUUCGCAAAAUGUCUUAAAUGUUGAUGUUUCAGAUAAACACGACACGGGACCGUCUUAAUUUCUCGUUUAACCGAGAUAGCAGAGGUCGAAACGGGAGGAAAUGUUGAUAUAAAUAAACAAAACAUUAAUAGUGUUGCCCAUGCCAAUACUUUUCAAUGUAAUAUUUUGUGUAUGAUUGUUAAGUUAUUGUUUUAUAAAGAAAAAGACUACUUUGUGAUUGUUGGGUCUUCAGUUUCAGUCUUCUCCUCAACUCUGUUUAUGAAGAAUAUUUUUCAGUCUCGUCUUAUUCUACUACUACAAGUAACAGGCAAUAAACACUCUUACUAGCCAUCGAGCCCUAAUUGCCUAAAUUACGGUAUAUCCAAGUAUAUUUCAUUUCUGUAGACAUGUUACUGUUGACAGAAAAAACAUGUUAUAAUUUAUAUUAUUUAUUAUUAUUAUAGGCAUAGGCAGUGAUUUCUGAUUAGGCAUAUUCACUCAAGACAGCCUAUGGGCUCCCCAAUGGUCUUUAAUUUAUCAUUUAUUACUUGAAUCUUGAGAUUAUAAACAUACCUAUUAUUAAUUAUUAUUAUGCCUGCAUUUUUUAUUUUUGUUACUGGUUGUGUUCAGUAUUAUUACUAUUAAUAUUAAUACUAAUAUUGUCAAACCAAAGGCUAAUGUCAAAUGUAGUAAUGACAUUACUACAUUUGACUAACCUUUGGUUUGUGCCUCAGUCUGAAAUCACCUAUACUUUACUUAGACUUAUGAUUAUCAUAUGAAGCUUAAAUCAAUUUUUAACUAGUUAACUAUCAUCUAUGACUAUUAGUUUAUUCAAAAUGUUGUUUAAAGUUAAAUUUGUAAAUUUUACAAUUCUUUGGUCCUAACAGUUGUCUUCAAAAUGGAGGAUGCUAUAAUGAUUGAUGAUUACACCUCACUAAAAUCUCUAGUUAUCGAGAAACCAAGUCCUAAUGAUCUGGAGGAUCUUUUGUGUAAAUCAUGUGAUUGCUUUGCUGAAAACUGCGCAGCUAUUUUACUCACUAUGGGAGUUGAUAAAGGUUAAUUUUGAAGAAAAAAUGAUUUAAAUAUAUUCAGCCCAGUUGUGUAACAGUGUUUUGAAAUAAUUUGCAUGAAAGGGAACAAGAACUUGAACUCUCCUUCACUUCUCAUAUUUUCUCCUGAUAAGGCAUAAUUUGAUGUGAAGAAGGCUUUAAACCCCUCUCCCUCACUGACUACAUUAAUGAUGCUAUUGUUUUUUAUUUAGUUUUUAAAAGAAGCCACUAUUUCUUUCUACUUGUACAUCAGCUGAUGCUGUCAUCCACAUAUUUUCUAAAUAUAUUUUUAUUUGUAAAAUAUACGAUAUUAAAUUAUAGCAAAUUUUUAAAGAGAUUUAAUUUUUUAUUACUGUACCAGAAAUAAAAUAAUAUAAGUUGGAUGUAUAUUACUUCUUAGCUGCACAAUUUUCUCUAAUUGCAGAUUGUGUGGAUAUCAAUCAUAUGACACCAUUGAUGCAUGCAGUUAUAGCUGGUAGUAUAGAGAUUACUAAACUUUUGAUAACAUGGGAAUGUCAGAUUGAUACAUUAGGGGGAGUGGAUGGAAAUUCAGCCUUGCAUCUUGCAUCACAGAGAGGUAUGUGAAAGAAAACUUUUAAAAUUUUUUGCUAUGUUUUUGGCUUGUCUGCCAAAUUAUUUUGUUUGUAUCUGUUGUGAAUAAUAUGAAUUAGCUUGGGUACACAUGCUGUUGUUAUUGUGUCUGUUGUUACUUUCCCAGGCUACUUGGAAAUUUGUAGAGCACUGUUAGAUGCAGGAGCCAAUGUAAACAUCAGGAAUGAGAAGGAAGACACUCCAUUGAUUGUAGCCUCAGUUCAUGGUCAUUUGCCUAUUGUAAAAUUACUCCUGGAGCACCAUGCUUCCAUUAACCGUCGAGGAUAUCGCGAAUGUUCCGCACUGCAUGAGGCAACUGAACAUGGCCAUUAUGAAGUGUGCUCAUUUCUCAUAACUGCCAAGGGUGAGAACUCUUGACUUUUAGUGUUCCUUGUAUAAUAACAAAAUGGAUCAUUGAUAUUUUAUGUUCAAAUAUUUUUAAAUUAAAAAAAAAACAUGCGCAUUUGAUGGCAAGUCAUUUUCAUCAUUGUAAUUAUUUACCUAUUUUUGAAUUUAAAAAAAUAAUAAUAUUUUGGGGUGGGAGAGAGAAAUGAUGAUUAUAACUCAACAAAAUAAAUCUCUUAGCUUUAAAGAAAUGAGGACUAAUCUUUUACAUUCCUCAAUGAUUUUUAAAAAUAUGAUUUUCCUGUUACAGCUGGGCUAGAGGAUGAAGACACAUUUGGAAACACGCCUCUGAUCUGUGCGGCUGAGAAAGGCCACAUCAACUUGGUCUUGUUGUACUUGGCUCAGGGAGCUGAUGUGAAUAGAGUAAGCCACAGUGGAACAACUGCCCUUCAUUACGCAGCAAAGGAGGGUUGGACUGCCUGUUGUAAGGUGCAUGUCUAAACUUGCUAUUAUUUUAAUAAAUUUUAUUGGUGUUGAUAAAUAACCUUAAAUGAUGGGGUUUUUUUAAAAAUCAUUUGAGAAUGUGUAACCCAACACCUUCCUUUCGUAAAAUUUAUGUUGCAGUGAUUUUUUUCUUUAGCCAUCAAUUGUUCCAAGAUGCGUCACUAGACCUAUGUUCAGCUUGUUUUAUGGUUUAUUUUAUGUUUGAAAAGUCUUUUAGUUGUCCUUUGUGUAAUUUGAGUUGAGGCCCUGAGUUUGGAGCCAGCCUGCAAUCCUUGAUCAGAUAAGUUUAAGUUUGGCCUUUGUUACUGUGACUGGUAACUGUUUUAUCAUUACCCUUCUUUUUUAUAGAAUCUGCCACUUGGGUGCUCAAGAUUUUCAUCAAGCUUCACAAAAAUUAACAUUCACAAACUAAAUACUAAAGCUUUGAGAUACGAGAGCUUUCUGGAAAGUUCACUGUUUUCCUUUACAACUGAGAUUUUUCUACGGAUAACUAAAAUAUUGCAUCAAUUUAAAUAGUAUCCAACUUUUAAAAGUUUACGCAUCAAGUUUAUUUAUUUCGAUUUCUGUUUCAGGUGCUGCUACAUCAUGGGGCUGAAAUCGAUGCCCAAGAUAUCCGUCGCUUCACCCCCCUCAUGAUGGCUGCCCUCGAGGGCCGUAGAAAAGUUUUGCAGCUGAUGCUGGAUGCCAAAUGCAAUGUGAACAUGGUGGCCUACAAUCGCAGAACUGCCCUGCACUACGCAGCAGAGAGGGGCUACACCGAGUGCUGUAGAUGUCUGAUUGAUUCUGGAGCCAGUCUGGAGAGUCUGGAUGGAGACAAGUGCUCGGCUGCCAUGUUGGCAGCCUUAAAAGGAAAUCUUGAAGUAUGAUACCAGAAUUACUUUUGUUUUGUGCACUUGACACCUAUCUAAUUUUAUGUGUAUGUGUGUACCAGGAUGGCAAAGAUGACUGAUUUUAAUUCCAUGUCAGUGUGGCUGCUGUCUUCUGAUUCUAAUGGUUGAGCAUGUUGUUGUCUUUUUUCCCAAGGUAUCACCUCCAUAAACGACAGCUAUUUUUCCUGGCUGAAGACUUGAUUCAAACUGGCCCAUAUCCCAUAGUGGGGGAUAACCUGGCAAAGUUGUUUGGCAAUGGGAGCAUGCCUGCCUCACAGUUGAAAUCACUAAUGACCUAUUAUACAAUGUAGCCCCUUAUUUUUUAAAUAUAAUGAUUUUUUUAUGUUAUAUUUAACAUCUAAAUAUUAUUACUUAUUUUGUUAUAGAUAACUUAUUGAUAUAGGUUUGAUUUUAUGAUUUUUCGCCUUGCAGACCCUGCAGCUGUUGAUAGAAAAGGGAGCAGACUUAACACACUGGUCAAGCCAGGACAUGUCCAUCCUUCAUCUGUCUGCAGAGGGAGGAAGUGUUGAAUGUUGCGAUCUCUUGAUCAGGUGUGGCAUAAGCAAAGACAUCCGGAACUGUGAUGGCAUCACCCCCCUCAUCAGCGCCAUACGUUACUUCCGUACGACUACUGUUCUGUACUUCAUCAACCGUGGCUGCUCUAUGGAAAAAUUACCCGGGGACACUGUAACUGCUCUUAAUGAGGCAGUGUGCCGGGACGUUGACAGUUUUAUCAUUGGGAAAAUGUUAGCUCACGGAGCUAAUCCCAACGCAGUUGACCGCAGUCACUCUCUGCCACUGUGGCACGCCGUGGACAAUUGUAAUUUUGAAGUGGUCAGAUUGUUACUGUUGUGCAAUAGUGAGUUUGCGCAGGAAACUAAGUCAGUGCUGGCACCAUGCAGCCCAUGCUCGCCCAUAGCUCACUGUGUUCACAAAGAAAACCCUCGGCUCAUUCAGUGGCUUGUGGCGGCUUAUGCAGAAGAGAGUGCCAUAGUUUUAAGGAAAAUGAACCUGUUCUACACUAUAUUCCACCUUGAAGAUCCCUCAGUGGCUGACCUGGUCAGUGAGCUCACCUCCCAACCUCAGAGCCUGCUCCGGCAGUGCAGGAGGACUAUUCGUAAAAAUUUAGGUUUCGGUAUGUCUGUCAGCAAUAAAAUAUCUCGCCUGCCACUGCCAACACUUCUUUACAACUAUAUGUUAUUCAGUGACCUGGACCUGCCACAGGAAGCAGCUUGGUAG